CGCUGAUUGGCGGCGGCCCGCGGCGGCCCUGCACGCCGGUGAAGGUGAGCGUCUCCUCCAGGCACCGCGCGCUGCCCGGAGCGCAGCGCAGCGCAGCGGAGGGGGCUGCGCCGCCAUGGCUGCCUCCAUCUUCACCGCCGUGCCCCGCGCCCCGCCUGUCGCCGUCUUCAAGCUCACGGCGGACUUCCGGGAGGACGGGGACGCGCGGAAGGUCAACCUGGGCGUCGGCGCCUACCGCACGGACGAGGGGCAGCCAUGGGUCCUGCCGGUGGUGAAGAAGGUGGAGCAGAUGAUCGCCAAUGACCACAGCCUGAACCACGAGUACCUGCCCAUCCUGGGCCUGCCCGAGUUCCGGGCCCACGCCUCCCGCAUCGCCCUGGGUGACGACAGCCCCGCCAUCAAGGAGAACCGGAUUGGAAGCGUUCAGUCCUUGGGCGGGACAGGGGCUCUGCGUAUCGGCGCAGAGUUUCUGAGGCGGUGGUACAAUGGAAACAACAACACAGCGACCCCGGUUUACAUCUCUGCUCCGUCCUGGGAGAACCACAACUCUGUGUUUGUGGAUGCUGGCUUUAAAGAUAUUAGAACCUACCGUUACUGGGAUGCUGCCAAGAGGGGUCUCGAUCUCCAGGGGCUGCUGGAUGACAUGGAGAAAGCCCCAGAGUUCUCCAUUUUCAUCCUCCAUGCCUGUGCGCACAACCCAACAGGCACAGACCCUACUCCUGACCAGUGGAAGCAGAUUGCUGCUGUUAUGAAGCGCCGGUUCCUGUUUCCAUUCUUCGAUUCGGCGUACCAAGGUUUUGCUUCUGGCAGCCUGGACAAGGAUGCCGGGGCUGUGCGAUACUUUGUCUCCGAGGGCUUUGAGCUCUUCUGUGCACAGUCGUUUUCCAAGAACUUUGGGCUCUACAAUGAACGUGUGGGGAACCUGACUGUGGUGGGGAAGGAUGCAGACAACGUGCAGCGUGUGCUUUCCCAGAUGGAGAAGAUUGUGCGCACUACUUGGUCCAACCCUCCUUCACAGGGAGCACGCAUCGUGGCAACUACACUUUCUUCCCCACAGCUGUUUGCCGAGUGGAAGGAAAAUGUGAAGACGAUGGCAGAUCGGGUCUUGUUGAUGCGGUCAGAGCUCCGGUCUCGACUGGAGUCCCUUGGGACCCCAGGCACCUGGAACCACAUCACAGAGCAGAUCGGCAUGUUUAGCUUCACAGGGUUGAACCCUAAGCAGGUGGAGUACAUGAUCAAGGAAAAACACAUCUACCUGAUGGCUAGUGGGCGCAUCAACAUGUGUGGCCUGACUACCAAGAACCUGGACUAUGUGGCCAAGUCCAUCCACGAAGCUGUCACAAAAGUCCAAUGAAGCACAUGAACAACCAAACUUACAUGAAGUCACCAAAGCUGUAGUGUGUAGUCCAUGUUUCUUCCUGCUCAUGGCUUGCCUUGUCCCACACCUUUUGAGGUUUAAUAAAGAUGGGAGCAGUAGCUCAA